AUGCUCAAGUUCUUCUCUCAAUACUCCACCUGUGACGUUUCUGAUGCUCUGCUUAAGUUUGGCGUCUCUAACGGUGGCUUCUUUCCCAAUUUGACUCGUUUCAGCACCAAUGGAACCACAAUGGCAGGUAAGGCCUACACUGUUCUUUUUGCUGCGAGAGACGACCCAAAUCACGAGGAAAUCAAAGGCGGAUAUAUCGAUAAAUUGCCUGAGGACGCAGUCCUGGUGAUCGGAUUGACUCCUGAGCUUCAGAAGCUUGACGCGCCUUAUGUCAAGAUCAACAACGCCCUUUAUGGUGGGUUGAUGUCCACACGUGCAAACUACCUGAAGAGCCCGGGCACCGUAGUUUUCGGUCGGAUCAGGGAUCUAAAGGAGCACCAGGACCUCCAGAGGAAUGUCUUUGCUUACGGUUUGGGCACUGCAGCGCACGCCCCGGUGGUUAAACUUGCCGGAAUCAACGUGCCUCUCAAAAUCACCUUAGAUUCUCAUCCGGAGCCUUAUCAGGAAACUAUAAACCCUGGUGAUUAUAUAAUCGGGGAUGAAAACGGGGUGGUUAGAGUUGAUGGAUCGGGCGAUCUGGUCCAAAAAUGCAUAGAGUAUAUUCCCAAGCGAGUUGCUGCGGACCAGCUGGUAGCCGAGGACAUCCAAGGUGGGGCCGAAUGCAACGAGGCCCAGAAGCGCAGAAGAGCCGGCCUGUAA